ACCAAGCCGCCGAGAGGAGAUGAAGGUGCUACCUGCUUCUGGCCUUGCUGUCCUUGUCACAGCUUUAAAGUUUGCCACUGCAGCCCCCAACCUACUGGCACCCACCCCUAGGACCUUCAGGAGCAACUAUCACCUCGCACAGGCCUAUCUUGACAAGUAUUACACAAAGAAAGGAGGCCCCCAGGCUGGCGAGAUGGUGGCAAGAGGAAGCAACCCCAUGGUCAGAAAGAUUAAGGAGCUACAAAUGUUCUUUGGCCUCAAAGUCACUGGGAAGUUGGACCAGAAUACAAUGGAUGUGAUCAAGAAGCCUCGCUGUGGAGUUCCUGAUGUGGCUAACUACCGCCUCUUCCCAGGUGAACCCAAAUGGAAAAAAAAUAUUUUGACAUACAGAGUCUCUAAGUACACGCCCUCCAUGAGUCCCACUGAGGUGGACAAGGCUGUACAGAUGGCCCUGCACGCGUGGAGUACAGCUGUUCCUCUGCACUUCGUUAGAAUAAACUCUGGGGAAGCAGAUAUCAUGAUAUCUUUCGAAACCGGAGAUCAUGGGGAUUCCUACCCAUUUGAUGGGCCUCGAGGGACUCUGGCCCAUGCAUUUGCACCUGGAGAAGGCCUGGGAGGAGACACACAUUUCGACAAUGCUGAGAAGUGGACUAUGGGAACGAAUGGGUUCAAUUUAUUCACUGUUGCUGCUCAUGAAUUUGGCCAUGCUCUGGGCCUGGGCCAUUCCACAGACCCAUCGGCACUGAUGUACCCAACUUAUAAGUACCAGAACCCCUAUAGGUUUCAUCUCCCCAAGGACGACGUGAAAGGAAUCCAAGCAUUAUACGGGCCCCGGAAAACAUUCCCAGGAAAGCCCACCAUGCCCCAUAUACCACCUCACAAGCCAUCCAUCCCUGACCUUUGUGACUCCAGCUCAUCCUUUGAUGCGGUGACAAUGUUGGGAAAGGAGCUUCUGUUCUUCAAGGAUAGGAUUUUCUGGAGAAGGCGGGUGCACUUGCCAGCAGGGAUUCGGCCCAGCACCAUCACCAGCUCCUUCCCCCAGCUCAUGUCUAAUGUGGAUGCAGCUUAUGAAGUGGCUGAACGAGGCAUUGCUUUCUUCUUCAAAGGUCCUCACUACUGGGUCACUCGAGGGUUCCAGAUGCAAGGUCCUCCUCGGACAAUUUACGACUUCGGGUUCCCAAGGCAUGUGCAGCGAAUAGAUGCUGCCGUCUAUCUCAAGGAGCCUCAGAAGACCCUCUUCUUUGUGGGAGAGGAAUAUUACAGCUAUGAUGAAAGAAAAAAGAAAAUGGAAAAGGACUACCCAAAAAACACUGAAGAAGAAUUUUCAGGAGUGAGUGGCCAUAUAGAUGCUGCCGUGGAACUGAAUGGCUACAUUUACUUCUUUUCAGGACCGAAAACAUUCAAGUAUGAUACAGAGAAGGAAGACGUGGUUAGUGUGGUAAAAUCCAGCUCCUGGGUUGGUUGCUGAAUCGUCAGGUCUAGUCUCUCCACAGGGA